AUGGUUUCUCACUUUGUUAGACCUGUUCCGGAGCUUUGUAUUAUUACAAACCACAUGAUUGACUGGAUCUAUAACCGAUGGCAUCACUUACUCUCAAGGUAUAAUCAUGACCUGCUUUUCCCGGCAAAUCUUAUGUUGUAUGCUGAUGCGAUAUAUCGAUCAGGCGCAGCUUUGGAAAACUGCUGGGGGUUUAUUGAUGGAACAGUGCGGCCAGUGUGUAGGCCAGGAGAAAACCAGAGAGCCAUUUAUAAUGGCCAUAAAAGAGUACAUUCCGUAAAAUUCCAAUCAGUAGCGUUACCUAAUGGGCUGGUUGGUCAUUUACAUGGUCCAGUAGAAGGAAAACGUCACGACAGUGGUAUGCUGGCCUCGUCUGGACUUUUACAAGACCUGCAAAGAUUUUCUAAUUCACCAGUCACUGGUUUACCUAUGUGUGUGUACGGCGACCCUGCAUACCCUCUUAGAGCACACUUACAGGGACCUUACAAGGGAGCAGUGUUGACACUACAUCAACAAGAAUUCAACAAAUCUAUGAGCAGUGCCCGUGUUUCAGUUGAAUGGGUUUUUUAA